AUGUCUGCGACAAACUCUCAAUCAGGCAUCAACACCGACCCCGAAGCUGGCAGUCAAAGUCGAAAUAGAAUUGAAACAGCUCAAUACUUCGUCGGCAAGACUGCAAGUCUCAAUAUUCUCAAGACCAGUGUACAGCCCGAUGGCCAAAUCAUUGACUGGAUCCCCAUUGAAUCCCAGGGAGAGAUAGCUUCCCCUCCACCUCUCCCUGCAUUUCCUUUCCAUCCAUCCCCCAAUACCAAAGUCACCUCCGAGCCCGAUUGCCAGCAGGCAACCGGCCCUCUCUUUUCGCUCGAGAUGGAAGGCGCCGAGAAAGGGCCCGGUGGAACAGUACCAAUUCUACGACAAGACCUGAAACUCUUAAGCAACAAGCCAACCUUGACACAACGCCUAAGCGAAACAGCCCCCUCCACCAAGGGAAAAAGAAAGCUUCAGUCCAUGGCCACACUGACUAUCGAGGUUGGAUGGAUCAUUUAUCCCGCCCAAGUUGCCCAUCCUCAUUCAUUCACCUUCUUCAAUACGAAUGGCUACACUCAAAUCUCCGAUAACAAGGGCGGUUGGAACACCGAAGUCAAAUGCUGGGUACAAUACGAUAACACCAUUUCCCCAGGAGCAACGAUAGGCCCUCUCUGCGCUGACGGUGGCCUCCAAACCAUAAUUCCUAUCAAGGUCCCCCUUCAUGAGGGGAAUUGGCGGGUCUACGUUAUUGACCGCUGGAUCAGGUAUUAUCCUGCUUCUUUAUUCAGAACCGACGUGGCCGAUCCUGCGCAAACUCUUGCGCAGGGUAGUGAUCAGGUCAGUUGGUAUGGGGCGGUCUAUCAGACUGAUGAGACUUUGACUUCGACCAAUAUGGGGAGUGGAGAGUGGCCGUGGACGAGGUUCACUCAUUCGGCAUUUAUUAAAAAUAUUACUUGGAUUGAUGCUGAUAGUAUUUUGCAUGAUUAUGAUGGGACUCAGCAUUCGAUUGUGUCGGAUGAGGAGGGGUAUACUAUGGAGACGCAUUAUAAGAGUGGGUUUGAUUGGUGGCAGAGUUAUAUGUGGAUUGGAGGGCCUGGGGCUGGUGGGAAGAUUGGGGCUGAGAGUGAAAGGACCAAGGACACUGAGGUUGAACUGCUUUAG